AUGCAGUCUCUAAGAAGACUAGGAACAUCUUCUCUGCUUCGAACUAUAAUCAGAAUACAAGACAUUCUACCGUCUUGUCAGGCAGUGCAUAUACUAGAUCCUUCCAUUGCAUACGAGAUUACAAACAGAUCCUUUCAUAAUGCCAGCUGCCUAUACAAUGGUCAAGCUGCUGUAGCUUUGAGACAUAGAAAACCCAAAGCACAGGGGGCCACCAAUCAGUAUUUUAUAGAUAUGAAACAGGUCUCAGUAAUAGCUGGGAAUGGAGGAGAUGGCGCUAUUUCUUUUUUGCAUCUUUGGGCUAAUGAAUUUGCCGGGCCAGAUGGCGGUGAUGGAGGUAGCGGAGGUCACGUUAUUUUUCAAGCUUCUACAGAUGUGAACAACUUAAGCCAUGUAAAAACGAUUCUAUCUGCACCUCAUGGUGAGAAAGGACAGAACAAGGACUGUUUUGGCAAGAACGCUGACAAUUUUGUAGUCAACGUUCCUGUUGGAACAAUAGUGCGUUCUUUAGAGGGAAAAAUUGUAGCAGAUUUGGGCAAUGUUGGAAUGAUGUUUAUAGCAGCUAGAGGUGGUGCAGGAGGGCAUGGGAAUGCUUUCUUCAAGUCUGACAUUGAACAAUCACCAAAGAUUAGUGAAUACGGAGCUAAGGGGGAAAGCUUUCAGUAUUUACUAGAGUUGAGAAGCAUGGCCAAUAUCGGAUUGAUUGGUCUACCAAAUGCUGGAAAAAGUACGCUACUUCGUGCUAUAUCAAGAGCUAGACCAAAAGUUGCACCUUAUCCGUUUACAACAUUGAAACCCCAUGUCGGAAUGGUGCAGUAUAAUGAUUAUGAACAAGUUGCUGUUGCAGACUUGCCAGGACUCAUAGCAGAUUCGCACAAAAAUAGAGGAUUAGGUAUAACGUUUUUGAAACACGCUGAGCGAUGUGCAGCUUUAUUAAUUGUUUUGGAUAUGUCAAUGGAUGAGCCUUGGGAAGAUUUAGAACUUUUACAGUACGAACUUCAACAGUUUAGCAAGCAAUUAGCUGACAGACCAGUAGUUGUCAUAGCCAAUAAAAUGGAUCUACCUGAAUCUCAGGAAAACCUAAACGUGCUUAAAGAAAAGACUCAACUCCAAAUCGUUCCAAUAUCGGCAAAAAUGGGUCAAAAUCUUUCAACACUAGUAGCAGAGAUUAGAAUGUUAUACAACAAUGAAACAGGCAAAGAUUUUUACGGACAAGAUAGAAAUAAACGAGAUGAACAUGAAAUAGUUUAAAAAAUUUGUAACAGUGGAUGGUAUUUAAUAAACAUUUUAUUAUAAGUUCACAAUUUUUUGACAAAUUGUAUCAGAUUGCACUAUCGGUAAUCUGUACUCACUGAUGAAAAGUCUUUUUCAAAAUAUAACGUAUCUUUCCAUAAUACAAUGAUUGUUUAAGUCCACUAAGAAAUACCAACCACGCUUGGUGAAACAGUAGUUUUAAGGCUUGUACCAGAUUCGAAUACAAAAAUAAAAGUUAAAUUUAAUAAAUAGUAUUUAAUGAAUGGUACGAAAAA